AUGGAUUACGAGAUGCCCAGCCUGAUGCGCAAAGGCAACUAUGCCGAGCGUGUGGGCGCUGUCGCACCAGUCUACCUGGCUGCCGUGCUCGAGUGCCUGACUGCUGAGAUCCUGGAGUUGGUCGGAGACAUUGCCCGUGCAAACAAGAAGCCUCACAUCAUUCCCCAUUACCUACUCCCCAAGAAGACCGUCAAAGGCAAGUAAAUUCGCUACUGCGGCUUCAACUUGACAACUCAACCUCCAAAGGCUAUUUUAAGAGCCAACCAAUUGAGUGGGUGUAUACACAAUUAUGUCGACUAUUUCUUACAUACAUGGCACUAUAUCAUGUUCCCACAUGAGGCCAUGAAUGAACAAUAACACCUACUAGGCCUCGUUUGCCAUAGCAGGCAAGCAUUAGAUUAGAACACAAGAUUUCACUCUGGACUUUGGAGACUAAUAUUCCGCAUAAAGGGCCGUCAGUGUGCUGUUGCGCGCGCACAGUGUGCUUUUGCCGGUGCGCAGUGUGUAGUUGUGUGCAGGCAGUGUACAAUUGGCCUCGUUUGCCAUAACAGGCUAGCAUUAAAAUACAACACAAGAUUUCACUCUUGACUUUGACAAGUAUUAUUGCGCGCAAAGGGCCAGCAGUGUGCUAUUGUACGCACGCGCUUAGUGGACUAUUGUUUUGGGCGCCCAGUGUAUUGUGUUGGGCGCGCGGUCCUAAAAAAAAGAAGCAAAGCAUCCCUUCCGAUAGCCGACAGAGGAGGCCUCCGUAACGGGCCAAUCGGGGUGGUGGGGAGAUGGUGUCCAAUCAGCAGAUGCCACUGCCGGCUUUAUACAUUUCACAUGGGCAUUUCGAGGCUGUACUCCGACUGCAAAUCCACCCUUGGCAAAGCCUACAGGAAGCAGCUCAACGCCAAGUCUGUGCGCAGGAGCGCCUCCCAGUUACAGGCCCGGCACCGUGUCUCAGAGAGAUCCGUUGUUACCAAAGGGCCACUGAGCUGCUCAUCCGCAUUGUGCCCUUCCAGCGCCUGUGGAGAAAAAUCGCCGACCUGCGCUUCCAGAGCUCCACUGUGAUGGCCCUGCAGGAGGCUAGCGAGAUUUACCUGGUCGGUCUGUUCGAGGACACCAAACUGUGUGCCAUCCACGCAAAGAGGGUGACCAUCGUGUCCUAG